AUGGAUCAUAUACCGUCGUUGCCCAAGUCCAUCAAGGGGAACACCGAACUGCUCAUUUGGGUCGACCUUUUCUCGGGAUAUGUGAUUGCAAAGGCUAGCUCCUCUCGGACGGCACAAACAAUAGCGGAGAAUUACGAAGAAUGUGUGUUUCGACGCUUCGGAGCUAGCGAGGCUAUCAGGCACGAUCGAGAACCGGGAUUUAUGUCCGACUUCUUUCGAGCCUUCAGUCGGAUCGUAGGACAAAAACAGCGUGCUACUAUGGCUUACAGGCCACAAGCAAAUGGAACAGCCGAACGAAUGGUGCAAACCCUGACACAUUCGCUCAAGAUGUACGUGGCUGAAGUUGACCAGCGAGACUGGGAUGAGUAUUCUGAGCGGCUCACAUUUGCCAUUAACACUGCACAAGAUCGGAUCCGGGGGGAUACCCCGUUUUAUCUGAUUCAUGGGUGGGACCCGCGAUCGACUUUGGAGGCUACGCUACCAGUGGGGAAUACGGGGACACGAGAUCGCGAUCCAAAGAGGUGGAGAUACAAAAUCCAAAGACAAUACCAGCGAGCCCGAUCUGCAGUGAACGAUCGUUUACAAGCCGCGAUCCAGGAGCGAGCAGAUCGACACAACGAAGAUCUGGAACCACACGAGAUCGAAGUAGGAGCGCAAGUUUGGCUAUACCUGGACCGAGUUAAAGAGGGAUAUGCGAAGAAGCUAGCGCACAUGUGGCAUGGGCCAUUCCGAGUUGCGGACGUAAAGACGUUCCCUGAACGCCCGAAGGAUCAGCUUACGAUAGAGGAAUCAGAUCGCUUGGAUUUCGAUGAAGCUCUGCUGCCAGAAGACAGUUGGGAUGGCGAUCUUGAAGAAGGGGAAUACGAAGUAGAGGCAAUAUUGGACGUGCGAUCUGGUAGAAAAACCCGUUAUGGGCGAGUACACCGGCAGUUUCUGGUGAAGUGGAAGGGAUAUCCCGAUCUAAGUUGGGUGGACGAGGCCGAUCUAAGUUGUGGGGCGAUCUUGCAAGAGUUUGAGCGGAACCGAGUGAGUCGAAACCGUUUCGACGUAAUGCAGUCUCAUGAAGGCAAGUCGGACGAACCUUAA